UCACAUUUCUCUAUCUACCAAAACUUUCAUUCUACUUCUCUCUAUCUCUCUCUCUCUCUUUAUUGCUGAGCUUACCAAGUGAAAGUACUUGUACUUGCUAUAUAGUGAUCACCGAGUUAAUAAAAAAAGAAAAAAAAAUGUUGUCAAGCAAAGUUAUCGGCGACUCUCAUGGACAAGACUCAUCCUACUUCCUUGGAUGGCAAGAAUACGAGAAGAAUCCAUUCCACGAGACUUUUAACCCUAGUGGGAUUGUUCAAAUGGGUCUUGCUGAAAACCAGCUUUCGUUUGACCUAAUAGAGUCUUGGCUUGAAGAGCAUCCAGAAGUCUUGGGUCUGAAGAAAAAUGAAGAGUCGGUGUUUAGAAACUUAGCUCUGUUCCAAGAUUACCAUGGCUUACCAGCUUUCAAGGAUGGUAUGGCGAAAUUCAUGGGGAAAAUAAGAGGAAACAAAGUGAAAUUUGAUACGAACAAGAUGGUGCUCACAGCUGGCUCAACUUCGGCUAACGAGACUCUAAUGUUCUGCCUUGCUAAUCCAGGAGAUGCCUUUCUUAUCCCUGCACCUUAUUACCCAGGGUUUGAUAGAGAUCUCAAAUGGAGGACAGGAGUAGAGAUUGUUCCUAUCCACUGUGUAAGCUCGAAUGGGUACAAGAUAACGGAGGAUGCACUAGAAGAUGCUUACGAACGAGCUCACAAACUUAACCUAAACGUUAAAGGAGUUCUCAUAACGAACCCUUCAAACCCUCUAGGAACCUCUACCACCCGUGAAGAGCUUGAUCUGCUUCUGACCUUCACAUCCACCAAGAAAAUCCAUAUGGUGAGCGAUGAGAUCUACUCGGGAACGGUUUUUGACGCUCCUGAGUUCACCAGCGUUCUAGAAGUGGCUAAGGACAAGAACAUGGAUUUGGAUGAGAAAAUCCAUGUUGUUUACAGUUUGUCCAAGGACCUAGGCCUCCCUGGAUUUCGUGUAGGCUUGAUUUACUCGGACAACGAGAAAGUGGUGUCAGCCGCGACCAAAAUGUCCAGUUUUGGACUCAUUUCUUCCCAGACUCAGCAUCUGCUAGCCAAUUUGCUGUCUGACGAAAGAUUCACGACCAACUACUUGGAAGAGAACAAGAAGAGGCUGAGAGAGAGAAGAGACAGGCUGGUUUCGGGUCUAAAGGAAGCAGGGAUCGGUUGUUUAAAGAGCAACGCAGGUUUGUUCUGUUGGGUUGACUUAAGACACCUCUUGAAAUCCAACACUUUCGAGGCCGAGCACUCUUUAUGGACAAAGAUUGUGUGUGAAGUCGGUCUUAACAUCUCUCCAGGCUCAUCAUGUCACUGCGAUGAGCCUGGUUGGUUCAGAGUUUGUUUCGCGAAUAUGUCAGACCAAACGAUGGAGGUUGCUAUGGACCGUGUUAAAGGUUUCGUAGAGGACAAUAAUCGUGGUUCACAAAAGAGGACCAUGUGGAAUACAAGGAGAAGGUCGCUCAUCAACAAAUGGGUCUCCAAGCUUUCCGCUGUUACUUGUGAAUCAGAACGUUGAUGAGUUGUCUAAGAAUCUCUCUUUGGUUACUUUUCAUAUUAUAAUUGUUUUUCAUGUUUUUUUUCACUCCAGAUUUGGCGCAAGCCAUUAUUGGAGUUUAGCUCUACAAAAUAAAGGAAAAAAGUACUGUUUUUUU